AUGGUGAGCGCUGAAACUGCUAGAAGUGUCGUCGGCAUCAUCGGGAAUGUGAUCUCCAUCGGGCUAUUCCUCUCGCCAGUGCCAACUUUUUAUAGAAUCAUUAAGAACAAGGCAGUGGAGGAUUACUCGCCGUUUCCAUAUAUCGCAACAGUACUGAACUGCAUGUUAUGGAUAUUCUAUGGCUUGCCAAUUGUUCACGAACACAGCGUUCUUGUUGUGACUACCAACAGCGUUGGGUUAGUCUUGGAGCUCAUCUAUUUAGCCAUAUUCUAUAACUACGCUGCUGGACAGAAGAAUGGACGGAAGAAAGUAGUGAUAGGGCUGGCCAUUGAGGUUGUUUUCGUGGCCGUCGUCGUUGUCGUAACUAUGCUGACAUUACAUUCUCACGAGAGGAGAUCCAUGAUGGUUGGCAUCAUCGCUGAUUUCUUCAACAUUUUGAUGUACAUUUCUCCGCUUACAGUCAUGAAACAAGUCAUCACAACCAAGAGCGUGAAGUACAUGCCAUUUUAUCUGUCAUUGACCAACCACCUUAAUGGCUGCAUCUGGACUUCUUAUGCUCUCAUCAAAUUUGACAUCUUCGUGCUGGUCAGCAAUAGUAUUGGAGCAGUCGCUGGAGCUGCUCAACUCAUCCUAUAUAUCAGAUAUCAGAGCUCCAGCUCUAGCUCAAACACAUCAUGA